AUGGAAGUUCCUGGGCCAGAGAUGGAAUCCGAGCCGCAACUGUGACCUACUCCACAGCUGCAGCAGUGCCGGAUCCUCAACCCGCUGCGUCACAGCGGGAACUCCAAGAGACCCUUUAAAUACGAGGGCAGACAGGAUGCAAAUGAAAAGGUGCAGAAAGACACCCUGCAAACAUCAGUCACUAGGUAAAAGGGAGUGUGUCAACUGACGCAGGAAAAUCUGACACAGAAUGGACGGGGUCAGAGUGACUAUAUGAUUUCAGCGUUGUUCGAAGCCCUUGCCACGAAGUGCCGGGGACACACGCCCCUUUGGGUUGAGCAGAGCCUGGGACGUGAGGACUUGGAGCCUGGAAUAAAGACACGUCAGGAUAGGUUGCUGCAAAACAGAGCAGAGAGAUGUGGCGGUGGACAGAGUGGGGCCUGGGGCCAAGAAAGGUUUAUCGAGCCUAUCAGGAAACAGCAUCAGCAGGACUUAGGGAGUCGACGCACGCAGGUUGGCAGCGGCGGCGGUAGAACAAAAAAUAAAAGCAAAAAAGAAGUGCGUGCAGAGCACGGGGCGAGGGGGGAAACAGGCAGCAGAGAUUUGAGGCUGGAAAGGGAAAUGCGUCACCUCAGGAAAGGAAUAUAGCUCGGAAGGCGAUGCCAUGGGUCGUCCUCUGAGACGGGUGGACCUCAGUCAGAACGGAGUCCGGGCAGCCCAGGUGUAUGAGUUUUGCCAAAGUUGGGGUUGUUCCAGGCGAAGAGAACAGAGGUCCAAGGGAGCAAGGGAUUUGGGGUAUUUCCCAGGAUGCGCUGUGUUGAAUCAUGAACUCAAGACACGAAAGGAGACAAGGCCGGCCGAGCGCAGGCUCAGACGAUGCGAGAUCAGAGCACCACAGGUGUGGCGCCGAGAGCAGCAGGUGUCCGGAAGGCCACCGCCCCUGCUGAGGGCCGCAUCGGGGUGUGGGCGCACGCUGAGGACUGAGAGGGGAGCAGAGGCCGUGGACGCCAAGGUACCCCGCACAGGCCGGGGUAUCGGGCGACUCCCCCGCAGGGGUCACGGGACACCCAGGUGUGGACCUGACCUUUACAGGAGGGAGGGAGGGUCGGAUUCGCACACCAGGCGGUAGGUAACCCAGGAAGGGAGGUGGAAGCAGCCGCUCACACGCGGGCCUGAGAGCCUUUCCCAGCAGCUUGGGCUGUGCCAAGGCGCUCCAGCUGGGCCUGGUACUGGGGCGGCUGCGUGAUGGGGGCGUGGGGAAGAAGGAAGACGGCUUUAAGUCAAGCUCUCCUGCGCACAGGGGUGGUGAGAUCUGUGCAGAACACUGCAGAGGCAUUCAUUUCCAAGGGAACCCGAUGAGGCUGCUUUUGAGUGUUGUGUUGCCUUCCCCCCCCUUGUCCUAAUGUUGGAUUGAACUGUGGCGUUGAGUUCCCAUGUGCAGCUUUGAGGAUAACUGAUUACAGACAGUUUGCACCUGUUUAUGAGGCCGUUUCUCGAUGGUUCAGGAUCACAAGACAGAAUGUUACUGUUCUCCCAGCCGGGCAGGCAUUUUCUGUACUUAAUCUUUCACAAAAUGAAAACCAGGGGAAAGUAAGCAUUUUAGUUUCCAAGUAACAGGAGGAGAGCGGAGGUGCUGUGUUAUCAGUGGAAUGUCCUCUGUUGACUCAUCAGCCGUCCAGCCCUGUAUCCACUUAUCUGAGACGCUGAGAAUUCCCAGGAAUUCUCACAAAGACCCUGCUAGGGCUGGUCUUUCUCCUAAAGAACUCCCACACCUUCACCAAAUUAAAACAAAACAAAACUGUGGGUUUGUGUAUUGAUAGGUUUAUUCCCAUUUCACAGAAACAAAGAACACAGACAAUGUACCUACUAAUCAGAGAAAAAGUUUUGCCACCUCAAACGUUUACUCACCAAGCUGUAAACUGCUUUAAUGGCUUAAAUUGGAGAUUUCUGUGGGAUUUUCAGCAGUGAAGUCAUGCCUAAACUCUCCAGUUAUAGAACAUUCAAGGCGUGCAAAAGUGUGGUUUUUCUACACAGCAUGACUGAAAUGUAGUGUAACCAAUGGUUUACAAGGCUGGCAGGUACCAAAGCUGCAAACCGUUUAAGGAGGCAUCAGGUAGGUAGGUGCUAUACGUUCGAAAGCCUUUCAGCUGCUAUCAGUCUUCUGUUUUUAUUUGCUGCGUGGCUGCUGUAAAACGACCCUUUUCCUUAGCCUGCCACCUGAAAGGCAUGACGCAGUAAUUGACAGCGAACAAAUGAGCGCUUUAGCUGCUGCUCCUCGGAGUCCCUCUGUUUAUUUCCUUUAUUUACAGCAUCUCGGGCCUAUCGUACGUGACGGCUCGCACUCACAAUCCCGUCCUCGCGGGGCCGGAGCGCCGAGCCCAGCGCCCAAGGGAAGCCCAGGCCAGCCGUGAGAGGGCGAGCUGGGCGGGCUGGGUGCUGCUCGGACGCUGGAGCUGCCCGAGGGGCGCCGAACGGCCGCUUCCUGGGUGUCCCGGGGAAGGAGCAACGCCCCCCCCCCCCUCCCACGACCUGAGCAACACUGUCAGUCCCAGCGCGCUUCCCUGAGCCCCGGACUCGAGAGGAAGUCGUCGUCGUGGCGAAGAGGCUCCUUCAGGCUCCGCGCGCUCCGUCUCCAGGUGGCCGCUCCCGUUCGCGGAGAGCGUUCCUCCCGGAGGCUCUUCCCACCGGCCAGAACCUGUCCGACUUCCCUUCCAACCGAGGCCGCCUCCUUCCGCUCAGCGCCGCGCGGCUCCGCUCGGACGUGUACGCGCCUCCGCGACCACCGCCGGCGCUUUGGGGAGAUGCUGGGGCCGCCGGUCUGGGCGCUGGUGGCCGGCGUGCUGCUGGCGCUGUCGCCGGGCCGGGCGGGGGGCGCCCCGCGGGCAGGCCGGCGGCCGGCGCGGGCGCGGGGCUGCGCGGACCGGCCCGAGGAGCUCCUGGAGCAGCUGUACGGGCGGCUGGCGGCCGGCGUGCUCGGCGCCUUCCACCACACGCUGCAGCUGGGCCCGCGCGAGCAGGCGCGCAACGCCAGCUGCCCGGCCGGGGGCAGGCCCGCCGACCGCCGCUUCCGGCCGCCCACCAACCUGCGCAGCGUGUCGCCCUGGGCCUACAGGAUCUCCUAUGACCCGGGCCGCUUCCCCAAGUACCUGCCCGAGGCCUACUGCCUGUGCCGGGGCUGCCUGACCGGGCCGGCGGGGGCCGAGGACUUGCGGCUGCGCAGCGCCCCGGUGCUCGUGCCUGCUGUCGUGCUGCGCCGGACCCCGGCCUGCGCGGGCGGCCGCGCCGUCUACACUGAGGAGUACGUCACAGUCCCCGUGGGCUGCACCUGCGUCCCCCAGCAGCAGCAAGAGGCGGGCGGCGUCCCCUCCGGCCUGGACAAGCAGGCCAGGCCCUGAGGCCACCCAGGCCCACGGAGCCUCAGAGGCGGGAUGCACGGGACGGUGCAACCGACAAGAGCCAAGUGCUGGGUUUUUGCGGCCCCUUGGGGCGCCCCACUCCCUGCGGCGGGGCGGUGGGUGACAGACAGUACCAGGGCCCCGCAAGGCAGAUGACAGGGGCUUUAAAAAUCUUGUUUAAAGUAGAAUAUAUACUUUUUUUUUAAAAGCCAUUUUCACUAGGGGCAGAAAAUAUUUUUAUAUUCGCCACUUGAGCAGGUCUAUCAGCCAUUUUUUCCUUGACACAUGACCCUUUUAUCAACCCUGAGUUGCACUUCCUCUGUCAGAAUUUUUGGAGGCGCAGCGGAGGCCUCAGCCCCUCUGGCUGGCCUGUGGCCUGGGGUCCCUGAAUGGACCCCGUCCCAGACGGCGCUCAGGCUCGGCUACCCCAGGGCCCGGCACCCGGUUUAUCCGUGAGGAUGGAAACGGCCGCAGGUCUGCACAGACUUUUCUUUCCACUUUUUAGGGGCCGAUUUGUGGGCAAGAGGUGGUGAGAUCUGGGCCAGCUCCCAGGCAGAACCCACAUCUUGGCUUACUAGCCAAGUGUGAGGAGAGGUGGGCAUACCUAACUUUUGCAGAAGUGGUGCGUGGCGGCCUCUCUGUGUCCUGAGCAGGAGCUAAGUCCUUAAGCCUAAAGGAGGAAGGCUGACCCUGGACGCAGAGUCCUUUGCUAGGCUGAGUCCUGAGCACACUUCCCAGUCACUGAGUGAGUGGAGUGAAGGCGUGCAGGCUGAGCGCAUCUCUGACUCUGCUCUGAUGGACUCCGUUUUUAGAGGAAACGCCUUCCUAUUAAGGUCACACUUCAGAUCUGGUUGGGCCUUGGGGCCGUCAGCCUCUCUGCAUCUGUUGACAGGCUCCUGCCUCUGCAUCCCCUCGGCCUUGGUUUAAUCUGGACGGAAGGCUUACGAGAGCUUUCACCUUGUACACAAUAUUGACAGAGGUUGUGCACGGAAACACAUCCCCGAGCAAAAUUCAGGUUUUCCAAAUAAAACAUUGAAAGCUGA